AUGGGGUUUUUGCAUGCUCUGGACAGGCCAUACAUCAAUCCUUUCUACCACUCUCAGGAAGAUGAAGAGCCCGAUGACGUCGUCAAGGAAGAAAACGGCUUGACAGCUUCCAGCAGUCCGAACAGCUUUGAGCCGCCAUACCAAGAAGACUAUGGACAUACGAAAAGCCCUGCAUCUGGGACUGGUGCCGCUUAUGCUGGAGAAAAAGUUGAUCCAGAUUACCAAGCCGGUGUUCAGAAAGCUGAGGGUGUCACUCUUGCAUGGAACAAGCGAGCGCUAUGGCUGACUUACAUCUGGAUUUACGUUGUGUAUUUCGAGAUUGCUCUCAUGAGUACCAUCACUGGAUACCUGGGUAACUACGCCAACGCCGAUUUCAGCACAUCGCAGCUGCUGUCAGUCAGUUCUGUGAUGAGCUCCAUCAUUGGUGGAGUGUUGCGUUUGCCGACUGCCAAAAUCAUCGAUAUUUGGGGUCGUGCAGAAGGCUUCUUCAUCAUGAUGUGUAUCUGUAUAAUCGGAUUGAUUAUCUUCGCCGCUUCGAACAACGUCCAGACGUAUGCUGCUGCAUCGGUCAUUUACUAUAUUGGCUACGAUGGCAUGUACUAUGUCAUGACGGUCUUCAUCGCCGACACCACAAGACUGAAGCACCGAAUUCUCAUGCUGGCCAUCUCUCAGACUCCUUUCAUCUGUACUGCUUUCACUACUCCAUAUGCCGUCUCAAGCUUCGUCAACGGAGCUGGCUGGAGAUGGGGGUAUGGUACCUUUGCUAUUGUCACUCCCGUCGCCUGCCUUCCUCUCUGCGGCGUGUUCUACUACUACCAGAGAAAGGCCGAAAAGCUGGGUCUUUACAAGCGCACCGAGUCACCUGCACGCGGAUGGUACGGAACUUUCACUCAUUACUUCGUCGAAUUUGACAUCGUUGGUGUCUUUUUGCUUGUUGCAGGAUUCGUCCUGUUCCUACUUCCUUUCUCCCUCGCAACUUCGGUCGCCGGACAGUGGAAGAGCGCAAGCAUCAUCUCCAUGCUGGUGAUCGGCUUCGUUAUUCUCUGCUUGUUCCCUGUCUGGGAGCGCUUCGGUGCAAGCAAACCCUUCCUGCCCUGGAUCAGACUGAAGGAUCGUACUGUCUUUGGUUCAGUGCUGUGCAUCUCCAGUCUGUAUGCCGCGUUCUACUGCUGGAACCUCUACUACUACACCUUCAACCAGGUCGUCCUUGGUCUCAACACUCGCGAUGCUACGUACAUGGGCGAAAUUUACACUGUAGGCUCUUGCUUCUUCGGAGUGAUUACCGGUAUACUUGUCAAGUGGACCAAGCGUUACAAGUGGAUUGCUCUCGUCUCCGUGCCGCUAUACAUGAUGGGAACCGGUCUUAUGAUCUAUUUCAGACAACCCGGAGUCGCUCCUCGCUACGUAGUUUGCGCGCAAAUAUUCGUGGCAUACGCUGGUGGAACUUUGGUACCUUGCCACCAAGUUGCAGCUCUCGCCGCGGGCACUCACGCAGACUUCGCCACGACUCUUGCACUCCUAUACCUUGCAUCAUCUGUCGGGGGCGCUAUCGGCGACUCCAUUGCGGGUGGCAUUUGGACCAACGUCUAUCCAGCUGAAUUGAACAAGCGCCUACCCGCCGACGUCGCGACCUCGGUCUACACAAGCUAUCUGAACGCUCUCGAGUAUCCUCCUGGUACCCCGACCAGAGACGCAAUUGGAGUUGCAUUCGGAAUUGCUCAAAGAGACAUGUGUAUCGCGGCCACCUCUAUCACUGCUCUCACUUUCAUCGCUGUCUGGAUCUGGCGCGACAUCAACCUCGGCAACAAGAAGCAGAUCAAGGGUGUUGUCGUCUAG